ACCGAAUCCAACCAAGACCAACACCCCGACCCCAACUACGCCUUCCCAUCCCGUUUCAAAGCCCUAGAUCAAACAUGUCCCUUUCUACACCUCAUCCCAAAGAUCCCCCCGAACUAACAACCACCGAGUCUGUCCACGAAUACCUCCAUUCCCUCUCCCUUUCCAGCUCGACAAACCCCUUCUCAAGCAGCCUCACCCCCUUCCUAACCCCUCACGCAAUCCGCCGCAUAACCCUCGGCUCAACAAACUACACCUACCGCCUCUUCCUGCCUCCCAAUUCCGCCGCCAACAAUGCGCAAACAAACGACGCAACCACCGCAAUCCUAAAAUAUGCCUCCGCCUACACCGCCGGUGAGCCGCGCGUGCGCUUCGAUCCUGCGCGCCAGGCCUUCGAGGUGCGCGCGAUGGACGAAAUUCCGUGGCCGGAGAUCAUCCCUGUUCAAAGUCAGGGUCUGCCCCAGGUGAAGAUUCCGCGGGUAUACUUUGCGGACCCCGCGAGGCGGGUGAUUAUCAUGGAGGAUGGGACGCCGAGGACGAGGAGGAAGGAGAGGGAAGACGCGGCGGGUGUUACGAUGAAUAGCGGGAGCGGCGAGGUUGAUGGCGACGAUGGGGUCUGGGAGGAACUGUCGCACUCGUCGCGGAUCUUUCUUGAAGAGGUGCCUGCGUCGCCGGAGAAGUAUGCGACUGCGAGUGUGCUUGGGAGAACGCUGGGGAUGUUUCUGGCGAGGAUGCAUAACUGGGGAAGGGGAGGGAGAGAAGGGGAGGGAGAAGGGGCGACGCCAUGGGUGCGUGAGGCGUUUGGUGGGAACACUUAUGCGAGGGAUCUGACUAUCCAAGAAGCGAUUGAGGAUUUCUGGACGGGUGUUGGAUGUUGUGAUACUGAGGGAGACAAGAAUCGUGUAUUAGCGGGGCCACGAGAGGAAGAGGUACGGGAGCGACUGGAGGAAAUGCGGAGGAGAAUUCUGAGUGAUUACGAGACCUUGGUUAUGGGCGAUUUCUGGCCAGGGAACGUCCUCUUACCCUUCUCGAACACCCCCUCCACCUGUCCCUCGCUCUUCCCUAUUACCUUGAAUAUCGCGCAGUCGCUCACCCUCGAAACACUCAGCAUAAUCGACUGGGAGUUCGCCAUGGCCGGCCCGGCCUUCCUGGACGUUGGAAACUUCAUUGGCGAGGUCUUCCUAAUCAACUACUUCGAACGCAACGACGAGGUUUACACGCGACUACUUGAAGCAUUCAUCGCAGAGUAUGAGACCCAUACACCACCGGAAAGGCUGGACAUUGGCAUGAUUCUGCCGCGCCCAUAUCGUGCAGGCGCUGCCGCGGAGGAUAAAUUCGCCCCGGAGUAG